AUUCGGUGCUCUACACAGUAUGGCCGGCGAUAUUAGCUAGCACUCGCUAACGGUAUUCUCUGCAAAAGGGAAGACGGUAACUCAAGAAAAUCAACACCUGGAUUGCUUAAAGGACUGUACCUCAAUAAAUUAUAACUGAUCGAGGAAGGAUUAAUUAAGCUGCAAACGUUACAACCGACGUUUAAUAUUUUUUGUUGGGUGUGUGUUGUCUCAUGAUGGAAGAUAAUGGUGCACAUUUCUUCGAGGGGACCGAGAAGCUGUUGGAGGUGUGGUUCUCUCGGCAGGAUGAGACCAAAGGAACCGGGGACCUCCGUACCAUACCAAGGUUUGAGUGGGACAAACUUUUGGAGAAUGUGCAUUGUUUGAUCAUAAGUGUGACAAAGUCUGACAAGCAGGAAGCUUAUAUACUCAGUGAGAGUAGCAUGUUUGUCUCCAAGAGACGUUUCAUUUUGAAGACAUGCGGAACCACCCUCUUACUGCAAGCACUGGUGCCUCUGCUGGAACUCGCCAGGGAGUACUGCGGUUUCGAUGCCAUCGAGAAUUUCUUCUACUCCCGCAAGAACUUUAUGAAGCCAACCCAUCAAGAGUUUCCUCAUCGAAACUUCCAGGAAGAAGUGGACUUUCUCAGCCAGAUUUUCCCAAAUGGCGCAGCCUACUGUAUGGGACGUUUGAACUCUGACUGCUGGUACCUGUUUACCCUGGACUUACCAGAGUACUGGGAGAACAAGCAUGCGGAUCAGACGCUGGAAGUUCUGAUGAGUGACCUCGAUCCAGCCAUUAUGGACCAGUUCUAUAUGAAAGAUGGUGUUUCUGCAAGUGAUGUCACUCGUAUGAGUGGAAUUCGUGACCUGAUACCAGGUUCUGUGAUCGAUGCCACAAUGUUCAACCCUUGUGGAUACUCAAUGAAUGGAAUGAAGACUGACGGAACUUACUGGACCAUCCACAUUACCCCAGAGCCGGAGUUCUCCUACGUCAGCUUUGAAACCAACCUCUCCCAGACAUCGUACGAUGAUCUGGUCAGGAAGGUGGUGGAGGUUUUCAAGCCAGGAAAAUUUGUGACUACGCUUUUUGUCAAUCAGAGCUCCAAAUGUCGCAGUGUCUUUUCUUCUGCCCAGAAACUCGAGGGCUACAAGCGUCUCGACCGCCAGUUGGCUCAAUUCAACGAUUACAAUUUUGUCUUCACAAGCUACGCCCAGAACCGCCAGCAGAAACAGCAGAGCUGAGGGUUGAGAAUGAAGAAGAGGCGUAAAAAGAAAGGCAGCCGCUUGGGGCUCUCCCCCUGCGGCUGGCUUCACCCCCCAGUAGAGAGCUUGUCGUCCUCUCCCUCCCCCCUCCACCUCCUCUUCCCCUUCUGCUGCCGUUGUCGUUCAGAAUCUCCCGGUGCUGACGCGGUUGCGAGCCCUAGUUUAACCGCCAGUUUGAGUUGUUUGCAUUGUUGUACCUGUGACUUAGAUCUCUUGCAUGACAGCUCUUUUCUCUGUUUCGAUAUUCUAGCUCACUCUUGCUGUGAUCUUGAAGUGCAUGUAGAGGAAUUUAACACGCUCUGUUUGAGGCUGUCCACCUGUGCCCAGUACAACGGUCCCUUCCUGCAGGUGUCCCCCCUCAUCCCCCACAGACAAGGCUUCCGCCCGCACUAGGCCAGGGCCCUGACAUGCUCAGAUCAGUCUGCCUCUGUAUGAGCUUCACUCAGCUUGUCAGUUAAAAUUUAAAAUUCGCAACCAGUCUCCCCCUAAUUUGCCCUCCAAUGUGAAAAUUGGUAUUUAUGAAUCACUACCAGCUUUUGAGCGCACUUUAAAAACCUGUUUACUCAUGGUACGGAAAGAAGGCCGACCUUUUGUCUCAAGUCUGAUUUAAUGUAUAAGUCGUGGUAAGCUUUUGGCCAUUCCAAUCGUCGUCUCGUUGUCGGGACAUAUUUGAGUUUCUUUGAAAACGAAUGCCAUACUUGCUGUUUAAUGUCGCACUAUUGGAUAAACGGUUUGCAGUGUAUUGGUCAAUGUGCUCUUUGGUUGCUGUAAACUGCACUUAAGCAAAACGCUUUCUGCUUUGCUGGGCUUUUAAGCUGACCUGCAUUCAUUCAUUUGUGCUCCUCCAUCUGGACAGUCAUAGUCCUUGUUUCCCCAAGUAGACAGGCUUUUAAAGUUGUAUGCCUGGGAUGCCUUGAAGACAUUCAAUAUGCGCACUUUGUUGCACCCAGGCCUUUUUUUUUUUUUUAUUUUUUUUUUUUUUUUUACAGUGUUCUGUAUCAAUAGGAAGGUUCUGUCCUAUAGAUGCCCCAGUCAUAUUCAGCACUCUAAUUUUCCACAUUCACUUGAAUUGGUUAAAUGGAAAACGUUCAAACUGAAUGUAGCACAUGCUGUGUUAAGCAGCGGCCUGUCCCCCUGUCUUUCGAAUGUACACAUCUCUAGAGAAAAGCCUGGACCGGGUUUGAGCUGAAUGUACGACUCCAGGAGAGCACACCCCCAACCUCCUCUUUCCCCACACACACACACACACACACACACACACACACACACACACACACACACACACACACACACACACACACACAGGGCUCACAAUGACCCGUGCCGACCAGCCAUUGUCCAGCUCGAGUCUCCCCCUGCCAGAGUCAGACUGUCAGCUGGCCCCAGAACCAUGACAUGACGAGAGCCGGCCCUCCUGGCUGCGCCCACGCCCCGCUCUGAAUGGGAAAUAAUGAAUCAGACGCUUUUUGCUUAGUUGCCCAGCAAAGCAUUUUUCUUCUUCCCACAUAAUAUCCAUCCUCUCUCUGUCUCUUUCCGCCCCAUACAGAAAUCCGCGCACAAUAGAGGCCCACCAGUCUGAGCAUGCCAGGGUGAUCCCGGAUCAUUCCACAUGUAACCGCUGCAUAAACUGCCGUUUUAUUAAAUUUAUUGUGCCCAGACAUUUUUUGCAGUGAAUUGGUCGAAAAUGUGACUCCCCUAGCAGUUUUUUUGUUUUUGUUUGGAUCAAUGGCCUUUGUUCGUUGAGGGUGAAAAUCCUAUGACACUAUGGUGCAUGUGACUACUAGUGCCGUGUUGCUUGACAGUGUAGUGUAGCGCCGUCUCUUCCUCCUUUUUGUUAGUAGGUCUGUGCUUCACCUUCCUCUUGUUUUACCAGCUGAAAGCGUAGUUGCAACUACCACAUCCUGAUGUGUUUUGGAUAGGCGGGGACUCUCUUUCCUUUAGGGGUCGGGUCAAUUUGUUAGUAAUCUUAUUUCAAGUUGUGGGCAAGUGCUGAAUGCAGGUUAGGUUUCUUAUUUAUUACUUUGUGAAAUAACGAACGCUGCCUGCCGUUGAGUUCCGUGGUGUUCAUGACGCUUCUCCUGCCAGAGAAUGCAGUUUGAAUUUUGAACCGGAGAAGACACGGUGGGAGUCUAGCCUGCUUUCAGCCCUGCAGCGCAGUGCAGUCUCUUCUUUGAAAUAUCUGCGACGAUUGCAUCAGCACCUGUAACAGUGCAUUUAUCCACUAAGGCACUCUGUGAACCAGUUAGAACAGCUCGUGUAAGAGCGAGCAGUGCCGCUGACACUUGGAAUAGUUUCCCUCUAGUUUGUCUAUCAUGGCGUUUUGGAGUGGUUUCAUUCUUUUCCUGAGGACCAGUGCUUUUGCAUGAACUACUCUCAACUUGCUGUCAAAUGAUUUAGGUGAUCUGCCAUGACUGUUAUGGGUCUUUUUAUUUUAUUUUUUUUAAGUCACACAUUUAGGGGAUUUAAACUGUUCAAAAAUACUGAAGCAGUUUAAUGCUAACUGUUGUUGGAUUAAGUACAUUUUAGCCUUGUUGGUGUGGAUCAUUGCUAUUUUUUUAUACAGCGAACUCAAAAUGCAUUUUUGCAGUUGAAUGGUAAUAGUUUUAUACAAAAAAAUGUUUUGUAUUUUUGCUGCGGACCAAUAUUAUCUUCUUCUUCCCCUUUUGUCCAAAUGUUUAUUUUGUUGUAAAACCAGUGUUCGAAACUAGUGUGUUCUGAAGUUAAGGGAUGACCUUUUCAAAAGCUGACUAAAUCAUGUUUGUUUUUUCACUUUCCCCUCCUCUAUGAAUCUUCUGAAAUACUCGAGGAAGGGAAAGUAAAAGCCUCCCCCGGGUGACGAGGGUGCAGUUGCAGGAUGUAUCAGGAUGUACUGAAGGAGAAACUUUGCUGUUCUAAUUCUUUCUUUUGCUGUUCUUUGGAUGGUCAAGAUGUGCUAAAUAUAUCUGUGCUAUGAGCUUGAUGCCUCAAUAAAAAAGAUACUUAUCUGUGCAAA